GAAGACCAAAAGAGUAUCAAUAGACCUAGGCUUGGAGAAGAGUGCUGGCUUUGGCACUGCCAAAAGAGAAGCACUCAUAACAGUUUCGACGUGUGAUAGCAAAGAGAAGAAACAGACUGGAUAACACAACAGAUGUAUCACCAACAUCAGGGUCGGAGUGACCUCUUCACUACUAGGACAUCCUUUCCAAUGGAGCGGCAUCUGUUUCUGCAUGGAGGAAAUACACAAGGAGAUUCUGGGCUGGUUCUCUCAACUGACGCUAAACCUAGGUUGAAAUGGACACCUGAGUUGCAUCAGCGAUUUGUAGAUGCAGUUAAUCAAUUAGGUGGAGCAGAGAAAGCUACUCCAAAAACAGUCAUGAGGCUCAUGGGCAUUCCAGGACUCACCUUAUACCAUCUGAAAAGCCAUCUCCAGAAAUACAGGCUCAGUAAGAAUCUCCAAGGUCAAGCUAAUGUUGGGACAACAAAGAAUGCCCUUGGAUGUACAGGUGUUGCUGAUAGGAUUCCUGGAACAAGUGCAUUAGCGAUGGCCAGUGCAAGCGCCAUUCCACAGGCAGAGAAAACUAUUCAAAUCGGUGAAGCACUACAGAUGCAAAUUGAGGUGCAGAGGCAGCUAAAUGAACAACUUGAGGUACAACGGCAUCUACAGCUGCGGAUAGAAGCCCAAGGGAAGUAUCUGCAGGCAGUUCUUGAGCAAGCUCAAGAGACCCUUGGGAAGCAGAACUUGGGCCCUGCAAGCCUGGAAGAUGCAAAAAUAAAAAUAUCAGAACUGGUCUCACAAGUUUCAAAUGAAUGUCUCAGCAACGCAGUUACAGAAAUAAGAGAAAGUUCAAGUAUACACAGACUAGAGCCAAGGCAAAUCCAGUUUGUUGAAAGUUCAGCCAAUAACUGUUUGACUGCAGCUGAAGGAUUCAAGGAGCAUAGGCUACAAAACCACGGGGUACUCAAAGCAUAUGAUGAUAGUACAUUAUUUUGCCGAAAACAGUCCCAAGAUCAAGAAUCUCAAUAUUCCCUUAACAGAAGCUUAAGUGAGCGUAGAAUGGGUCAUCUGUAUAGCGGUAAACAGUAUCACAAAUCAGAGGGAAGUGACAGUGAUACAGAGGUUCUACAUGAGUAUAUCACGCCUCAAAAGAAUGGCGGAGGCAGCACAACCAGUUCAACAUCAGGAAGCAAAGAAAUAAAUGUAGAGAAGCUAUAUCUUGAUGAACCAAGCUGCAAAAGACAAACAGUUGACUAUCAAAGAGAAAGCAAGCUACUAGAUUUUGAUCAACAAAGUUCAGGGAAGAAUCUUGAUCUAAAUACUCACAAUAUAGAUGAUAACGAUCAAGGUUAUAGACAUUUUGACUUGAACGGCUUCAGCUGGAGUUGAUUAGCUGACAAUAUGUAAUACAAUCAAGGAGAAGAAAUGAGCUUACAAAUAAUUUCUUCCAAAGUUAUAACUACUUUAAUUCUGUAAAUACAUUAUGUAGGCCGGGAAAGAUUGUAGCUAUCUAGAGUUGUACCAUAGGUUAUAAAUAAUUCAAUGAUGUAUGAACAAGCUAUUGCAAAUGUUGAGUUGUACCACAGGAUAACUAACGGAA